CCCCAUCGUCGUCCGCGACAUUGUCCUCCUUCAUUCGCCGUGAUGCUCAGAAAAUCCCUCAACAAGGGCCUUCGCGCGUCGUCCGCGAGGUCCUUCCACUCGUCUGCCCCCGCGCGCAGAGUCGUCGCGACGAACCCGGUCAAGGCACAGGAGGUCCAGUCUUUUGGGAAGUACCCUCUGAUCGAACACGAGUACGAUGCCAUCGUCGUGGGAGCUGGCGGUGCCGGUCUGCGGGCAGCAUUCGGUUUGGCGGAGGCCGGCUUCAACACGGCGUGUAUCACCAAACUCUUCCCCACCCGUAGUCACACUGUCGCGGCUCAGGGUGGUAUCAACGCUGCGCUCGGAAACAUGACCGAGGACGACUGGCGAUGGCACAUGUACGAUACGGUCAAGGGCUCCGACUGGCUUGGUGACCAAGAUGCUAUCCACUACAUGUGUCGCGAGGCUCCUCACACUGUCAUUGAGCUCGAGCACUUCGGUGUCCCCUUCUCAAGAACGAAAGAGGGCAAGAUCUACCAACGUGCCUUUGGUGGUCAGUCCCUCAAAUUCGGCAAGGGUGGCCAGGCCUACCGUUGCGCUGCAGCGGCCGACCGUACCGGCCACGCUCUCCUUCACACCCUCUAUGGCCAGUCCCUUCGUCACAACACCAAUUUCUUCAUCGAGUACUUCGCGCUCGACCUGAUCAUGGAGAACGGCGAGUGCGUCGGUGUCAUAGCGCUCAACAUGGAGGACGGCACUCUUCACCGCUUCCGUGCGCACAAGACCGUGCUCGCCACCGGUGGCUACGGCCGCGCGUACUUCUCGUGCACGAGUGCGCACACCUGCUCGGGUGAUGGUAACGCCAUGGUCGCCCGCGCCGGUCUCCCUCUGCAGGACCUUGAGUUCGUGCAGUUCCACCCUACCGGUAUCUACGGUGCCGGCUGUCUUAUCACAGAGGGUUCUCGUGGCGAGGGUGGAUACCUUCUCAACUCGGAGGGUGAGCGGUUCAUGGAGCGUUACGCGCCGACGGCAAAGGAUCUCGCGUCCCGCGACGUCGUUUCGCGUUCCAUGACCAUCGAGAUCCGCGAGGGUCGUGGUGUUGGUCCCGAGAAAGACCACAUCUACCUCCAGCUCAGCCAUCUCCCUCCGGAGAUCCUCCACGAGCGUCUCCCCGGUAUCUCUGAGACGGCAGCGAUCUUCUCGGGAGUCGACGUCACGAAGGAGCCGAUCCCCGUCCUGCCCACCGUGCACUACAACAUGGGCGGUAUCCCCACGCGCUAUACUGGCGAGGUCAUCACCGUUGACGAGAACGGCAAGGACAAGGUCGUCCCUGGCCUGUACGCCGCGGGUGAGGCCGCUUGCGUGUCCGUUCACGGUGCGAACCGUCUCGGCGCGAAUUCGCUUCUCGACAUCGUCGUCUUUGGCCGCGCGUGCGCGCACCACAUCAAGGAGACGCUGACUCCCGGCAAGCCCCACAAGGAGAUCCCAGCUGAGGCUGGCCUCCAGAGCGUCAAGUUCCUCGACCAGAUUCGCAAGUCGGACGGCCCUCUGCCCACUGCGAAGAUCCGGCUGGACAUGCAGAAGGCCAUGCAGGCCGAUGCGGCUGUUUUCCGUACUCAAGAGACCCUCGAUGAGGGUGUCCAGAAGCUCCGCAAGAUCUACAAGAGCUUCGACCAGGUCGGCAUCAAGGACAGGAGUAUGAUUUGGAACUCUGACCUCGUUGAGACCCUCGAGCUGCGCAACAUCCUCCAGUGCGCCGUUCAGACGAUCACCGCCGCCGCUGCCCGCAAGGAGUCGCGUGGUGCGCAUGCCCGUGAGGACUUCCCCGAGCGUGACGACGAGAAGUGGAUGAAGCACACCCUCACGUGGCAGCGCGACGUCAGCUCGCCCGAGGUCGACAUCAAGUACCGUGGCGUGAUCCACAACACGCUCGACGAGAACGAGUGCAAGUCGGUCCCGCCCUUCAAGCGUGUCUACUAAGCGGUUCGCUCUUGAUGCCGCAGCAGCGAACGUUGUUGGGUCUUGAAAUCCGUUCUGGCCGUUGUGGGUUCGCAAGCCCCGCUCUUCCAUUAUCUCGCACUGUCUCCGAUAGCAGCAUCAGACAAUAUCAUAAUUGUUGUAAAUGAGCGUGCUCCGGGCAGGGGUUUGCGUUGAACCUGACUUGUAAGCGGGCUUAUGUGUGAUGGAACACCGUGAGAACGGGUGGGAAUGCUUAUACUGAACGCCCAUCGCCGCCCAGCUUGGACCUAUAGUAAUGUUUUGUCAAAGUCAGUGCCUAAAGCUCUGUAAUCCGUUACGUCAGCUCACACAGUCAAUGAAAUUGCACCUUCAA